GGAAGCGCCGCGGCGCCGCUGUCGAGCUUCCUGCGGCGGCGGCCACCGCAGCAAGUGCCGUGGCGGGGGCGGAGAGCGGCCACGGCGACGGCCUGUCCCCGAGUGGCCCGCAGCGGCCGGCCCCGCGCGAAAGAUAUCAAGUUGUUCUAGUACAACCACAUAAAUAAUUAAUACCUGAAGUCUCAAUCUAACAUGGACAUUAACAGUGAUGACAGAUAAAUGCAGACGCUUGGGAAUCAAAUACUAGGCGAGACACUUUAAAAAAGUGUAUCAGGCUUUUAAGAAACACAUCUGCAUGAUCCUGUCUAUCUUAAUAUUGGUAGAACUCAGCUAAAGGAAUUUAAGAGGUUCUAGUAUUCUCCAUGGCUGAAGCUGAGAGUCUGAAACCCUGAUGCUUAAGCUCUAUUCUAGAUCAUAGCUCCAACUCCUUCAGGAUAUAAGGAAAAGAGAUAAUAUUUCCACAAUGAUAGAUCUUUGGUUGUACAGGUUUCCCAAUGAGUGGAUCAUGAUGACCGUAUUGUAGGGACUUGCCAUAGUAUGGCUGCUUCCCGAUCUACUCGUGUUACAAGAUCAACAGUGGGGUUAAACGGCUUGGAUGAAUCUUUUUGUGGUAGAACUUUAAGGAAUCGUAGCAUUGCUCACCCUGAAGAAAUCUCUUCUCAUUCUCAAGUACGAUCAAGGUCACCAAAGAAGAGACCAGAGCCUGUGCAAAUUCAGAAAGGAAAUAAUAAUGGAAGAACCACUGAUUUAAAACAGCCAAGUACUCGAGAAUCAUGGGUAAGCCCUAGGAAAAGAGGACUUUCUUCUUCAGAAAAAGAUAACAUAGAAAGGCAGGCUGUAGACAAUUGUGAGAGAAGGCAAACAGAACCUGUUUCACCAGUUUUCAAAAGAAUUAAGCGUUGUCUUAGAUCUGAAGCACCAAACAGUUCAGAAGAAGAUUCACCUAUAAAAUCAGAAAAGGAGUUAGUAGAACAGAGGAGUACAGUAGUGGACAAUGAUGCAGAUUUUCAAGGGACUAAACGAGCUUGUCGAUGUCUUAUACUGGAUGAUUGUGAGAAAAGGGAAAUUAAAAAGGUGAAUGUCAGUGAGGAAGGGCCACUUAAUUCUGCAGUAGUUGAAGAAAUCACUGGCUAUUUGGCUGUCAAUGGUGUUGAUGACAGUGAUUCAGCUGUUAUAAACUGUGAUGACUGUCAGCCUGAUGGGAACACUAAACAAAAUAGCACUGGUUCCUAUGUGUUGCAGGAAAAAUCAGUAGCUGAAAAUGGGGAUUCGGAUACCCACACUUCAAUGUUCCUUGAUUGUAGGAAGGAGGACAGUUAUAUAGACCAUAACGUGCCUUGCACAAAUUCGGAAGUGCAGGUCAAGUUGGAGGACCACAAAAUAGUAACUGCCGGCCUGCCUGUGGAAAAUGUUAAUCAGCUGACUACUGAGCCAGCUACAGGCCCCUUUUCUGAAAUUCAGUCAUCUUUAAGGGAUUCUGAGGAGGAAGUAGAUGUGGUGGGAGAUAGCAGUGCCUCAAAAGAGCAGUGUAAUGAAAACACCAGUAACGCCCUGGACACAAGUCUUGAGAAUAUGCCAGUCUCUGGAGAACCAGAACCAUCUUCUGUUCUAGACUGUGUUUCAGCUCAAAUGAUGUCUUUAUCAGAACCUCAAGAACAUCGAUAUACUCUGAGAACUUCACCACGAAGGCCGGCCCCUACCAGAGGUAGUCCCACUGAAAACACUUCUCCUUGCAGAGAAAAUGGACAAUUUGAGGAGAAUAAUCUUAGUCCCAAUGAAACAAAUGCAACUGUUAGUGAUAAUAUAAGUGAGUCUCCUACAAAUCCUGAUGAAAUUUCUCAGAAUGAAAAGGGGAUAUGUUGUGACUCUGAAAAUUAUGGGAGUGAAGGACUAAGUAAGCCACCCUCAGAGGCAAGACUCAGUAUUGGACAUUUGCCAUCUGCCAAAGAGAGUGCCAAUCCGCACAUUACAGAAGAGGAAGAUGAUGAUCCUGAUGUUUAUUACUUUGAAUCAGAUCAUGUGGCACUGAAACACAACAAAGAGUUGAGAAAUCACGUGGAACAGAUCUUGGGUACUCAGUUUUCAAAAUUCUUUAGCCCGAGUUUCAGCUCUGUAAUUGUAAUCAUGAUUAUCUGGUUUUAUCUGUCAGAGAAUCAGCAUUAUAGUUAUCAGAGACUGUUACAGACGAUUGCUGUACUCGAGGCUCAACGUUCUCAAGCAGUCCAGGACCUUGAAAGUUUAGGCAGACACCAGAGAGAAGCUCUAAAAAAUCCCAUUGGAUUUGUGGAAAAACUCCAGAAGAAGGCUGAUAUAGGGCUUCCGUAUCCGCAGAGAGUUGUUCAGUUGCCUGAGAUUGUAUGGGACCAAUAUACCAAUAGCCUUGGGAACUUUGAAAGAGAAUUUAAAAAUCGUAAAAGACAUACUAGAAGAGUUAAGUUAGUUUUCGAUAAAGUAGGUUUACCUGCUAGACCAAAAAGUCCUUUAGAUCCUAAGAAGGAUGGCGAGUCCCUUUCGUACUCUAUAUUGCCUUUGAGUGAUGGUCCAGAAGGCUCAAACAGUCGUCCUCAGAUGAUAAGAGGACGCCUGUGUGAUGAUACCAAACCAGAAACAUUUAACCAAUUGUGGACUGUUGAAGAACAGAAAAAACUUGAACAGCUACUCCUGAAGUACCCUCCUGAAGAAGUAGAAUCUCGACGCUGGCAGAAGAUAGCAGAUGAGCUGGGCAAUAGGACAGCAAAACAGGUUGCCAGCCGAGUGCAGAAGUAUUUCAUAAAACUAACGAAAGCUGGCAUUCCAGUCCCAGGCAGAACACCAAACUUAUAUAUAUACUCCAAAAAGUCUUCAACAAGCAGACGACAGCACCCCCUUAAUAAGCAUCUCUUUAAACCUUCCACUUUCAUGACUUCCCAUGAACCACCAGUGUAUAUGGAUGAAGAUGAUGACCGAUCCUGUUUUCAUAGCCACAUGAACACUGCUAUCGAGGAGGCAUCAGAUGAAGAAAGUAUUCCUAUCAUGUAUAGGAAUUUACCUGAAUAUAAGGAAUUACUACAGUUUAAAAAGUUAAAGAAGCAGAAACUUCAGCAAAUGCAAGCUGAAAGUGGAUUUGUGCAACAUGUGGGCUUCAAGUGUGAUAACUGUGGCAUAGAGCCUAUCCAGGGUGUUCGGUGGCACUGCCAGGAUUGUCCUCCAGAAAUGUCUUUGGAUUUCUGUGAUUCUUGUUCAGACUGCCUACAUGAAACAGAUAUUCACAAGGAAGAUCACCAAUUAGAACCUGUUUAUAGGUCAGAGACAUUCUUAGACAGAGACUACUGUGUGUCCCAGGGCACCAGUUAUAAUUACCUUGACCCAAACUACUUUCCAGCAAACAGAUGACAUGGAAGAGAACAUCAUAUAUUAGUCCUCUUCAACACAUAGCAAUGGUAUCAUUGUGAAUUAUGUGCACAGUUUGGAAAGAUUCUCUGCUUUCCCUGAAGUGACACUCACAGCAUGACAGCUUCCUGAGUGUUCUCGUCAAGUCCAGCUCUCCACCGUUGUGGCUCUAGAUCACUGUUCAGCAGCUGAACAUUCCUGGUGAGCAAAGGGUUUCCUUGGUGAAUUUCUCACCACCACCUUAAAGCCUUUGAGGUGGUGAUCUUAAAUGGGUGAGAUGGAAACGAGAGCACACAUUAAAGAGAGAGUAAAUUCCAAAGGUUUCAAAGAACUUGGUCAUAAAUAUGAUAAUGAGAAGACAAAGUAUUUAUAUUAAAACAGUUUAGUAGCUUUCAGUUUUGUGAAAAUAGUUUUCAGCACAGAAACUGACUUCUUUAGACAAAGUUUUAACCAAUGAUGGUGUUUGCUUCUAGGAUAUACACUUUAAAAGAACUCACUGUCCCAGUGGUGGCCACUGAUGGCCCUUAGUAAGUUGGAGCUGCUUAACCAUAUUGAUGUCUAAUUUCUUUUAACCACAAUGAACUGUCUUUCUUACAACAGCGAAGCACUACAGGAGGCAACUGUGGUAUUGCUUCCUUAACCAGCUCAUGGUGUGUGAAUGUUAGAAAGUUGUCACUCAGAUAUAUUUUUUAAAUGUAAUGUUAUAUAAGAUUAUCAUGUGAUGUGUACAAACUAUGGUGAAAAGUGCCAGUGGUAGUAACUGUGUAAAGUCUCUAAUUCACAACAUUAAUUCCUUUAAAAUACACAGCCUUCUGCCUCUGUAUUUGGAGUUGUUAGUGCAACUCAUCAAAGAAAACUGCCUAAUAUAAAAGUCAUAUAUAUGGUAAUAAUUUCCCUCUUUUGUAGUCUGCACAAGAUCCAUAAAAGAUUGUAUUUUUAUUACUAUUUAAACAAGUGAUAAAAUUUAGUCUGCGCAGUGAGCAAGAGUUCACAUGCAUUCUUUUAUACUGCUGGAUUUUGUUGUGCAUCAUUUAAAACAUUUUGUAUGUUUCUUCUUAUCUGUGUAUACAGUAUGUUCUUGAAUAAUGUUCAUUUGUCAGGAGAACUGUGAGAAAUAAACUAUGUGGAUACUGUCUGUUUAUAUUAUAGAAUGUUUGUUGUGACUUCCUUUUGGUUAGAUUUUGGAUUUUUUUACUAGUGUUAAAACCACAAAUUUUUUUUUUUAAGGGGUUGCUUUACCUACCUGUCCUUUAAAAAGAGUAAGGACUACAUUAUGGAAAAGAGGGUGAGCUUGGGAAGCUCUGUAAAAGAUGGUAACGUUUUCACUCAGUGUGUGCUGAAACGCUAAAUUAAACUAGGUGGCAAAAAGAGCACAUACCGUAGUUAAAGCAAAAGGCAGUUAUUAACAUCCAGAUGUGAAAACUAAACUUUGGUUGAAGAAUUUUACUUUCGUUCUUUUUGAUGAAAAUAAGCCCUCCACAUAUUUAAUUUAAACAGGUGGUUUUUGAAAAUUACCUUAUUCUUUGAAAAGUAUUAUUGAUUAUUGGAAAAAACAAUGUAAAUAUUCUAAGAUUAAGUAUUAUACUGACCCAAUUUUAAUAGUCUCCUGUGUUUUCCAAUUUUAAACCAAGGGAACAUUAUUAGUAGUUCUCUUCAAUACAUUGUAGGGUACUAAAAUGAUACCCUAUUUUUUUAAUUGAGAAAAGUAAUAUAAUUUUAAAUAUAGAAAUAUGAGAAUUUUAAUGUAAUAUAUUGAUUAAAGAUUACUAAUGAUGUUUAUAAAAUAUAUCACAUCAGAAAGAAAAAGAUAUGGACUUGAGCUUAACUUCUCACCCUGGGAUUAUUAGUUGAGGGGAAGAAAAGGGGAAUUGUUAGAAUUCUGGGCAUUUUGAUAUUAAAUGUUAAGUGAAUAUGCCAGAAGAUCUACCUUCAACUUGUAGCAAGACAGUAGCACUUGAUGAUAACUUCUGUAACUUCUGUGUAUGUUUAGAGAUAAUACUGAUUAGUUUUGGAGAACCAUUCAGAUCCAUUCAGAAAUCCCAUAAUGUAUGAAGUAUGCUUUGGAAGAGGGCUAUGAGUGGUACAGUUGUUGUGUAAGCAGAAUAGACAAAAUAAAUCCGCUUAAAUGUAUUUUUCAAGGGCAAAGAUUUUGAGAAUUUUGAGUGGCAAAAAGGAUUACUUUCUGCUUGAGCAAGAUGUGUUUAUUUUGCAUUUUUCAGCUCCAAGCAAAUAAUCCUUUAAAAGGCCUUAAAGGGCAGUAGUAGUAGUAAUGUAUUGUUGUUAUUGUUUUCAUUUGAGGACUGCAGGAGUGGGCAGGGCUGUCAUUUGCAAGUAGACCUUCCAUCUCCUAAAAGAAGUAUUGGCUGUAAGAGACAACACAGACCUGCUUGUUACAGCAUUACUUAUUAAGUGGUAUUCAGUAGGUCAGAUGUAUUUCCUGAACUAUUAUGCUCAAGUUAUUUGCUAAGAACUGAAGGCACUUUUAAGGACACCUAAAACCACUGCUUUAAGGUUUAGGCAGAGGAGAUUUUGACUGGUGUGAUGUGGACUAAUAAUAAUAGCACACUGAUACAGUGCUUACUGUGUGCCGAGCAAGCAUAUAAUAAUGAAUUUAAUUCUCACAACCUUAUGAGACUGCUUCAUUUAUUAUCCUGUUUCCAUAUGAGGAAAACUAGCCAGAGGUUAAAUAACUUGCCCAAGGUCUUACAGUUAGUAAAGUGGUGAUGCUUGGAUUUUAACCUAGACAGAUUGCUCCAGAGUCAGCAUCUGCCUCGCUACCCUGUUUCCUGAGCAAGAGUAUUCCUUUCAUGUGAGCCGUUGUUAAGGUGUUGGAGCUCGAGGUGUGCAGGGCUUGAUUUCCAGUCUUUUUUCCUGGUGUGGUGUGGUUCCUGGAGUACAAAUCUGAGCACAUGUCCAGGCCAGGCUUAUAGCACAGAAUAGAGAAGUAUAUCUGUGGAUGGGGGGAAAGCACUGAAAUGGUCUGCCGUGGUGAAUUAGAAAAACAUAUGUAUGUAGAAUUUGCAUAUUCUAAUUGGGCAGCAAAUGUGGUCGUGAGUCUUUAGGCAAAGUUGGUGCUAAGGCUUGUGUAUCCUGCCUCAGGUAGAAUUUGUUUCCAUGCAUAGUUCAUGCCUCUCACUUGACCUAAUAGCAUGCCUUGUCCAUUUUUCUCCCUUUCCCCCUUUCGUUUAAAUUGCAGAACACAACAGUUUACUGAGGUAUGAGAAACAUUAAAAAAAAAAGAAAUAGAGAAAAUAGUACAUCACAUGUAGUAAGGAUAAAUACUGUUUUGUGAGAUUUCUUUUUUAGUUAGAAAUAUGUGUGGUAUGCUAUAUAAACUGUAUUUCUUACUGUGGAUAACAAAGUUAGAAGGCCGUUGUUCCAGGUGCACUGGAUGGAAUUGGAAGUCUCCAGAUAAUAAGUAGGUUUUUCCACAAGAUUACAGAGGCAUUGUCGUUUUUAGGCUGUAAAGUGUUUGUUUUUUUCUCUUAGCUUGAUGAAAAAUGUGCUUCUGUUUAUGAUUCCAGGAAAAAAAUAACUAUUUUUUUCACAGUUCAUGUGGCUGAUUAGACGGAGUUUUGAAAAUGCUGUCACAUUUAGCUUCAUGAGGUCAGAGACCAUCCAUGUCUGUCUGUAACCCUAGGCCUGGCUCUUCAUAGAUUCUCAAUAAAUAUUUGUUGGUAGUAUGACCAGUGUGUUGGUGGGUUACGUUUUUUCGCUAGGAAGUUAGGAGACAUCACCCAUGCCUGAGUGUGUCUGAGUGUGUCUCUGGGACCCUGAGAGGGCUUGCCUCAGGAGAUCUCCUUUAUGGGGUUCCGACAGGACUGAGGAACUGGCAUCCUGCCUUAUCUAAAGGAUAUGGUUCAACCUUGGUGGCUGGGAAGAUUUUGGUUCUCUCGGGGACCCCAGUUAUGCCGUGUAUCUUGAUUCUCUGCCGUGUUUUUAGAGUAAUGUAAUGGAAAGGGAACUAGAGUAGAAAUUCUGUGUCCUAGUCCCAGUUGUGGGAUGGAGGCACUCAAUGAAUGUUGACAAGGAGCCAUCUUUUAUUGAGCACUAGCAACUGGUAAAUGAUUUAUGUGUAUUAUUAACUCACUUAAUCCUCACUACGGUUCUAUGAGGUUGCUUACUAUUAUGAUCUCCACUGUACAGGUGAGAAAACUAAGGCUCAGAGGAUUGAAAUGUUAGCUCUCAAUAAUAAUUGCCACGUGUGGGGCUGAAGAUACAAAGCCUUGCCCUUAGGGGGUUGAUAAUCUAAUGCAGAAGACCAGCAAUAAACAAGUAAAUAAAGAUCGUUAUGUAAUUUUCGGCAGAGAUAAAUGCUGUGAAGAAAAAUAAUGCUUGAAGAAGAAUGAUGGAAGAACGGGGACCAUCCUGUCAUGUUAGAUAGAGUAAUAAAAGAAGGCCUCAAUGACGAGGGUAAACUUUGAACAAAGACCUGAAAAAGUGAGAGAAUUAUUAGCCUUGUGGAUGAUCUGGAGGAAAAGGGAGAAGGAUAGCAAUGACAAGGGCUCUGAUCCAGUAAAGAGCUUGGCUUAUUCAGGCAACAUUAAGAGGGUCAGUGUAGCUUGAGCCAGAUGAGCAAGGAGAGAGUGGUAGUUGAUGGGGUGAGAGAGGGUACAGGGCCAGAUCAGGUGAGGCCUUGAAUGUAGACCAUUGUAAAGGAGUUUGCAUUGUGUUCUGAUGUCUUCUACAUACACACAAAGUCUUCUACUAGGCGGAGACCUGUAAGGUCCUUUCGUGCUUUAAAAUCCUAUGAAUUUAAAGUGGUAAUGUCAUUUGAAGCCAUUCAGAUCAGUGACCUGUUUUAGCAGUUCUCUAGAAGACUGGAUUUGCACCUCUAGAUACUCUUCAGGGGCAAAGCCAUUUACCCCUGCUGAUUUUUUCAAGAGGGCAGCCAACUACAGCCAUAAAAGCCAUGGCUGGGCUGUCUGCUGCCCUGCUGUCUCAGUUCCCUUACCCAAGCUUUCAAAGCUGUGGUGGGUAUGGCCUGUGUUUGCCAAUAUGUGGUAUGUGUUUAAAGGAUGUUAAUCCCUUCAAAGAGUCAUUUUGUGUUUUCUGGCACAACUGAUAAUUUUCAUCCUGUAACUCUCUUUUUGUAAUUUGCUCAAAUACUCCUUGUGCUCCCCUAUAGAGAGUAUAACAACUUGAGGUAGUAAUAAACUAUUUGACAACUGUGUGAGUUAUAGGAACAUGCCCCUCUUUGUUAAUAGAGGCAUAAUUGUAACCAAAGACAUUUAAUUUCUUCUUUAGCAAACACUGACAUUUCUGUUUAAAAGAAUGAUUGCUAGAGAAAAAGGAAAUACGAAAAUUACCAUGUAUCAUGAAUACACUGAGAGUUCUCUCUGUAAUAGCUCGAAACUGAUCUAUGGCCAAAAUUAAAACCAUAUGAGCAUAUCGUAAAUCUUACUAUUACUGUGUUUGCUUCUAAUUCUGUUUGGAAUAAGGCUUCAAAUGCUUUCCAGAAUGAUGUGAGUUACAAAUAAAUAGAA